AUGCGUUUAAGCAGUCUCGUCGCCACCCUGGCCUGUGUUGCAGGCGUUGCGAAUGCUGCUGCUGCCCGCAGUCCACCUGGCACUGCCAUUCGGGCUCGUCAAGACAAUGACCAACAAGCGGGCGAGCAGAACGCUCAGGAAAACAACCAGAAUAACAACAAUAAUAACGACAACAACGACGGCAACGACGGCAACAACAACGGCGGCAACAACAACAAUGCUCUAGCGCUCGACCCAGACAACGUGCAAGAGGCAAGUCAGGCGACGGGGCAAGAAGGGGGUGCGGAAGCGGGUCAGGCCGCCUCAGAAACGGACGAUGCCAAUUUCAUCAACUUCUGCGCAGGCAAGACCCUCACCAACGGCGCACAGGUACAGGGAGGAUCCUGUAACGGCAUUGUCAUGGGAGAGAUACCCGCCAGGGCCAACAUGGUCUCCACCAUGAUCAUCAGUCCCCAGCCAGGCGAGGAUCUCGCAGCCGACGAAGACUUCCAGAUCCAAGUGCGAGUCGACAACCUGCAAACUGGCUCCUUCACCAACCCAGACAACACCUACUACGCCGCGCCACAACAGUUACAAGGUGGCCAAGUCGUCGGCCAUACACACGUCACUUGCCAGGACAUGGGCGACUCAUUGACCCCGAAUCAAGCCCUCGACGCGAGCCGCUUUGUCUUCUUCAAGGGUAUCAACGACGACGGCAAUGGGAAUGGCCUACUGUCAGCUGCUGUUGACGGCGGCCUGCCUGCGGGAUUCUACAGAUGUUGUACUAUGUCUUCGGCCAGUAAUCAUCAGCCUGUUCUUAUGCCGGUUGCUCAGCGGGGAGCACAGGAUGACUGCACCAAAUUUACCGUUGGCCAGGGGAAUGCUGGUAAUGGCGCCGGCGCUGGUAAUGCAGGCAAUGAUGGUGGCAAUAAUGGUGGCAAUGGGGGCAAUGGAGGCAAUGGCAACGACAAUGCGGAUAACGACAACGCCAACGCUGGCGGUGACGAUGCAAACACCGGCAACGGUAACCAGCAAGACGGCGAUGAGGAUGCUGCCGCCGGCGAUGGCAACCAACAGGAUGGUGAUAAUGCCGGUGGUAAUGCCGGCGGCAACGGCAAUCAGCAGGAAGAUGGUGAUGCGAAUGCCGGCAACGGUGGUCAAGACAACGCUGGCAACGGCGGCCAAGAGAACACUGAUGGUGCCGCCGGCGGUAACGGCAACCAAGACGACGCCGAAGGCGAUGCCGCUGCGGGCAAUGGCGACGGACAAGGCGGCGGAAACGCAGGUGCUGGCAACGGAAAUCAGGGCGAGAGCGAUGGAGAUGCAGCAGUCGGUGAUGGAAACCAGCCGGACGGUGACAACGCUAAUGCGGGCAAUGGCAAUCAGCAGGACGGUGGUGAUGAGAAUGCUGGAAAUGGCGGUCAAGAAAACGCUGGUGGUGCGGCCGGUGGUGAUGGCAAUCAGCCAGAGCAGGGCGGCCAACAAGGAGGUGGCCAGCAAGAAGGCGACCAGCAAGGUGGUCAGCAACCGGGCGAACAGCCUCAGGGUGAGCAACCCCAAGGUGAACAACCUCAAAACGGACAGCCACAGCAACGACCACCGCAGCAAGGCCGGCGCAACCGAUUUGGCAACCGCCGUCGCCCUGUGUCCGGGCAGUCUUUUCAGAGGAACUCAACUCGCAGCUGGACCGCAUGA